AUGGGCCAACCUCCUCUAUCGACAAUCCUAAUCGAGGAUAUUGCAUUCAAUGGUCCUGGAGAGUUCCUUUUUGGCAUUGAUCUACAGUUUUUCACUGUAAAAAAUAAGUUCAGCGGAGUUAAGAAUAUUCCUCUGGGAAUUCACUUGUUUCAUUAUGCAACCCCAGUAUCAACUGAAAAGGGGACUGGUGAAAGCGUAGUAAGCAAUUUGAGGUAUGGGUUUUGGUUUGAAUGUAAAGAAGGUGAUAUAUUGGUUAUAAAAUGGGACCCGGAAAAUGAGCUGUUUCGAAGAAUAUAUAAAGAUGAAAUUAAAGACGAGGUGGUUCAGCUAGACUAUUCGAAGGCUAUCAGCGAUCUAGGAUCAAAAUACACACUUAUGAUAAAUUAUCCGCAGAAUGAUAGCUUGAAACUAUGGCAGGAUAAACUUUCGGACCAUAUAGAUGAAGAGAUCUUGGAAGAUUUGUUGGAUAAUACAAAUUUGGAAUUGAAUACGAUUACUGCUUCGAAACAAGAGAACGACUUACUAAAAGAUGCGCUACUCAGAAAGCAGGACAAUGGAAACCUUUCCAAAGAGUUAGAUAGUCAGCCACAAAUUAACUACACACCUAUUACCUUCAAGCUUAAUAAACCGUUCACUUCGGUAGAAGAGGUUACCUCAAAUUAUUUGGACAAGUCUUGGUAUAUUAGUGAGCAUUAUCCUGAUAGAGAAUUCCUUUUGGCAGAGCUCCAGGUUUCAUUUAUACAUUAUGUUGUCUUUGGAAAUUAUUGCUCCAUGGUUCAAUGGCUCAACUUGCUCAAAGUGCUACUGAUGAGCGGUAAACUAUUGCUCUCGUCGAAAUCUUUCACAUUUACUGUUCUAGGGAUAUUGAAAGCUCAACUUUCUCAACUACCUAAAGAAUAUCUCGUUGGAGGCGAUUUGCAGAACCAAUGUCUGAUUGACCUAGAAGUGUACUGUGAAAUCAUGGAAAACUACAUGGAAUUGUUCAAGGUUUGGAACGUAGAACUUUGCUGUGGAAAGUUGAAAUUACAAGGUAUGAUAAAGCAAGUCUGGGAAGAGAUCUUGGACCUACAGAAACGGGAGUUUGGUUUAGACUUUAAUGCUUUGAAAGCUGAGAAAGACCGCGAGAUAGAAGAUGAAGACGGUCCGGUGAUAGUUGCUUAUUCACAAGAAUAG